AUCCACCGCUAACUUCAUCAACUGGUAUCAAUCAGUCGUCGUUGUUGUUGUCAUCCACAAUGAAACAAACGCCCAUCAACUCAAGUAUCUUGUGCAAUGACUAUGAUAGUAUUGGUGCAUUUGAAAAGACGAAAGAUAUUGGUCAGUUUAGUGAGGAUAAGCCAAGUGUAAAGGAGAGAGUAAUUGUUAAAUUGACUUGCACGAAUAAAGGCAUUUCUAGUUUCAAGUUACUAUUUGAAUGUUAUUAUCUUUGGUGUAAAUUACUCUGUUUCUAUACUUGGUUGAUGAGAUAUGUCGUGUGUUUGUUGGUCAUCUAUAUUCUACGAUACAAUGACAUGGGCGUGUUACCGUUCAGAUUUGAGGAUAUAGCUCAUAGAAGGAAGUUAGCAAAUGAACUCUGCGACGAUUUUCCAACCUAGGGCGUCAACCUGAG